AUGGGUAAAAGUAGUAAGGAUAAAAGAGAUCUGUAUUAUAGGAAAGCCAAGGAGCAGGGAUACAGAGCACGGUCGGCGUUUAAACUGUUGCAAUUGGACGAACAAUUUCGAUUUUUAGAUAACGUCACUCGAGUGGUGGACCUAUGUGCAGCGCCAGGUUCUUGGUCCCAGGUACUCUCAAGACGUCUUUUUGAAGAAGAUCCUGAAAAUUGCGACCAAAAACGGAUAGUGGCUGUGGAUUUACAACCUAUGUUCCCCAUUGACCAUGUUACGACAAUUCAAGCAGACAUCACUCAUCCCAAAACAUUAAGUAAGAUUAUGGACCUUUUUGAGGGCGAAAAGGCGGAUUUUGUGUGCAGUGAUGGCGCGCCCGAUGUCACAGGACUCCACGAUCUGGAUGAAUAUGUUCAGCAGCAAUUGAUUCUCAGCGCGUUGCAAUUAACAACUUGUCUUCUACGUGAAGGAGGUGUAUUCGUGGCCAAAAUCUUCAGAGGAAGAGAUAUCGAUAUGCUGUACUCGCAACUGGGUUACCUUUUUGAACGGGUUGUGUGUGCAAAACCCAGAUCGUCGAGAGGAACUUCACUGGAAAGCUUCGUUGUCUGUCUUGGGUACAAGCCUCCUACGAACUGGGAGCCCCGGCUUGAUGUGAACAUGUCCGUCGAAGACUUCUUCCGAGGCUGUGACAUCGGUAGACUAACCAUAAAGGACGAGCUCCCAGCAUAUCACGAAGAACCUAGAAGCGUCGCAGAAUUCAUUUCAUGCGGUGGGCUUGGCAGUUUCGAUUCUGAUGCCACGUAUCACGACGUCCCUUUGAACUCUAUUGCAUUAGACCCUGUACAGCCUCCAACCAACCCACCAUACAAACGCGCCCUGGAGCUGAAGCGGAAAGGCAAACUCACAAGAGCCGCACAAUGA